UGUGCACCUUUCUCCGCCCCCGCCGGAGUCGGGCUCCACCCCUCUCGCGCCUCCUUUCGGAGGCUUCACCGCUCACGCCUUCCUGUUAGUCUGAGCUGGGAGAAGUUCACUCUGAUCAGCUGAUCCCAGUGACACUGGAGAGGAGGAAGCCUCGGAGCAGCUAAGGAAGAGGGGGGCGGAGAUGGAGAUGAGGAUGGAUCCUCCAGUGCCCUGAGGAACAGCCCCCGCCCCCGCCGACGUCCCGCGGCCCCCCAGACGUCACCUCGCCGCGGCAGGGCAGCUCUUUGGUAUCCUCUGUAAUACUGACUUGAGGUUGGAUCCUAUUGAAAAGCUCCUCCUGACCACUCUCUUUCAUCACUGAAACCUGUGGCGAAGGCUCACCCACUGAGCCACCUCUGUGAACCUAACAGACCUCUCUCUGCUAGCCAUAAAAGACACUUCCAGGUUAAUUUUGACCACCUAUUUUGCCUACACUUCAUGGAAAAUGAAACCAUCAAGCCAGGUAGAUCAACACUGCUGCUACUGAGUCAGUAAUCUGGAGGGCAAAAAAUUAAAAAUACAAUUAUCUGUGGGAAGAAGUAUAACUGGGCCCCCAAAUUAUAACUGGGCCCCCAAAAUUUCUUUAAGCUGUUGAGAAUCCUGUGGACGUUCUUGUUGCAGUCUUCAGGCUCAAGGCUCUUAUCAGCACUUCUGGGAAACAGCUUCAGUGACUGUUGGGUGGUGAGUGUCUCCAUCUCAAACUGAGUAUGAGUGCCCAGACUUUCCCUGCAGAGAAGGGCCUGAAUCCGGGACUUAUGUGCCAGGAAAGUUACGCCUGCAGCGGGUCAGACGAAGCUGUGUUUGAGUGUGAUGAGUGUUGCAGCCUUCAGUGUCUCCGCUGUGAGGAAGAGCUCCAUCGGCAGGAGCGCCUGAGAAACCAUGAGCGGAUAAGGCUGAAACCCGGUCACAUCCCUUACUGUGACCCCUGCAAGGGCUCCAACGGUGUUAGGCAGAGGGCAGCUGGGAGGUGCCAGACCUGCAAAAUCAACUUGUGCUUGGAGUGCCAGAAAAGGACUCAUUCUGGGGGCAAUAAAAGGAGACACCCAGUGACUGUGUACCAUGUCGCUAAGGCCCAGGAGUCACUGGAGGAGGAAGAGAUGGAUGAGGAGACCAAGAGGAAGAAGAUGACUGAGAAGGUUGUGAGUUUCCUCCUAGUAGAUGAAAAUGAAGAAAUUCAGGUAAUGAAUGAAGAGGACUUUAUUAGGAAAUUGGACUGCAAGCCUGAUCAGAAUCUGAAGGUGGUUUCCAUUUUUGGGAAUACUGGUGAUGGAAAAUCUCAUACUCUCAACCACACUUUCUUUUAUGGCCGUGAAGUCUUCAAAACCUCUCCUGCACAGGAGUCCUGCACCGUGGGAGUGUGGGCAGCAUAUGACCCGGUCCACAAAGUCGCAGUGAUAGACACGGAAGGGCUUUUGGGGGCCACGGUGAAUAUAAGCCAGAGAACACGACUGCUGCUUAAGGUCUUGGCCAUCUCAGAUCUGGUCAUCUAUCGAACUCACGCAGACCGACUCCAUAAUGACCUCUUCAAGUUCCUUGGGGACGCCUCAGAAGCGUAUCUGAAGCACUUCACUAAGGAGCUCAAGGCCACCACUGCCCGUUGUGGUCUGGAUGUCCCCUUAUCCACCCUGGGCCCUGCUGUCAUCAUUUUCCAUGAGACUGUACAUACACAGCUGCUGGGCUCUGAUCACCCCUCAGAGGUGCCAGAGAAGCUUAUCCAGGACCGGUUCCGGAAGCUGGGCCGUUUCCCUGAAGCCUUCAGUUCCAUUCACUACAAGGGAACAAGGACUUACAACCCUCCCACAGACUUCUCUGGGCUCCGACGAGCUUUGGAGCAGCAGCUGGAGAACAACACCACUCGUUCACCCCGGCACCCAGGGGUCAUCUUCAAAGCCCUAAAGGCACUGAGCGACCGCUUCAGCGGUGAGAUCCCGGAUGACCAGAUGGCGCACAGCUCUUUCUUUCCAGAUGAGUACUUUACCUGCUCCUCCUUGUGUCUCAGCUGUGGGGCCGGAUGCAAGAACAGCAUGAACCAUGGGAAGGAGGGAGUGCCUCAUGAAGCUAAGAGCCGCUGCAGAUAUUCUCACCAGUACGACAACCGCGUGUAUACCUGCAAGGCCUGCUACGAGAGAGGCAAGGAAGUCAGUGUAGUGCCCAAAACAUCUGCUUCCACCGACUCUCCCUGGAUGGGUCUUGCAAAAUAUGCCUGGUCUGGGUACGUGAUCGAAUGUCCCAACUGCGGCGUGGUCUACAGGAGCCGGCAGUACUGGUUUGGAAACCAAGACCCUGUGGACACAGUGGUGCGGACAGAGAUUGUGCAUGUGUGGCCUGGAACUGACGGAUUUUUGAAGGACAACAACAAUGCUGCCCAGCGCCUGUUGGAUGGGAUGAACUUCAUGGCUCAGUCAGUGUCCGAGCUCAGCCUUGGACCCACCAAGGCUGUCACUUCCUGGCUGACAGACCAGAUUGCCCCUGCCUACUGGAGGCCCAACUCCCAGAUUCUGAGCUGCAACAAAUGUGCAACAUCAUUUAAAGACAAUGACACGAAGCAUCACUGCAGGGCCUGUGGGGAGGGCUUCUGCGACAGCUGUUCGUCCAAGACCCGACCGGUGCCCGAGCGGGGCUGGGGCCCUGCACCUGUGCGUGUGUGUGACAACUGCUACGAAGCCAGAAGUGUCCAUUUAGAUUUUGCUGAAGUUCAGGUGGAUGACGAAGGGGGAACACUGAUUGCUCGGAAGGUGGGCGAGGCCGUGCAGAACACUCUGGGAGCCGUGGUGACAGCCAUUGACAUACCACUAGGUCUGGUGAAGGAUGCGGCCCGGCCAGCAUACUGGGUGCCUGACCACGAGAUCCUUCACUGUCACAACUGCCGGAAGGAGUUCAGUGUCAAGCUCUCCAAGCACCACUGUCGGGCCUGCGGACAGGGCUUCUGUGAUGAGUGCUCCCAUGACCGCCGGGCUGUCCCCUCUCGCGGCUGGGACCAUCCUGUCCGAGUCUGCUUUAACUGCAAUAAAAAGCCCGGUGACCUUUAACCCUAGCUCCCUUCCAAGUCCUUCACAAUUCCUUAGGUUCUCAGGGUUAGAAACCGAAAUCUCGUUGGGAUAGGCCCUCCUCCCGGUCAUCCAUCGUGGCAAGUGCUCUCUCUUCUGUUCAUCCCAGGCACCUUUCCCUCGUGAGGCUGGGGCAGAUGGCAAAGCCAGGGUGGGCCUGGCGACUGGCUUGGAGGGUUGAACCCUUGGGGCAGAGGGCCGAGCAGACUGUAGCAAAGGGGAAUGAACCUGAAUCCGUUGCAUUUAUUUCAGUUAAAGAUCAUAAAUAUAAAUAAAUAUAUAUAUCUCUCUCUC